CGGCGCGAAACCGCAGGCGGCGGCGAGGGGGAGGAGACGCGUGGUCGCGUGGAGGCCCACCUGAUCGACGGCCGCUCGCAACGGCGGUGCGCCGAAUCACCUCGCCGGCCAUCUGAACUUCCUCGACUGCACCAUCGACGCCCGCUCCUCCGUCCGCUAGAAGAGCCUCCAGGUUAGCGCGCAGAUUGCUUGGCAGUAAGAAUUAUGUGUUGAGGCAGAUUGCUGCCAAAAGUAUCGGUCAGUACUCGGUGGAUUGGUUGGGGCUUUGCCAACAAUGGAUGCUUGUUGAACGUGAACGCCAUGUUUGCUGAAGGCUAAACGUCUUCCUGUGCACACAUUGAGUAUAUAUGCACGUACAUGAGCAUUCAAGUGACCGCAACACCCAUAACUUCCGCUGCCAUGGCCAACAACUUCGCUUCUUCAGUUAACAAACCCAUUACCGAGACCUCCUCGAGAUGCCUGACAGAGUCCAUCACCACCGCCCACAACUUUGAGGUGACUAGCUACUCUCUGCUCCAGGGUAUGAGUGCGGGCAAGUUCAUUAGCUCGAGCACAUUCAACGUCGGCGGCUACGGCUGGAACAUCAGAAUAUAUCCUGAUGGAUGGAAGGAGGAUACAGGUGCCUACAUGUCGGCCUUCUUGUGUUUCUGCAGUGGGACUACAGAUGCAAAGGUGAAGUUCACUUUUAGUUUAUUGGAGAAAGAUAGAAAAGUUAAUAAGCUAGAGAGCUCGACAUUAACCUUUAAGCCAGUAGGUGGUACUUGGGGCUGGGAAAAGUUUAUUGAGAACUCCAAGCUUAAGGAACUGCUAUCCCGCAAUGACAACCGCUUCACAAUCAGAUGUGUUUUGACGGUCUUGAAAGAGCCUCGCAUAGAAGAUAGCACAGUCAUAGUCCCAGUUCCGCAGUCAGAUCUGCAAAUGCACUUUGCAAACAUGUUGAAGGAUGGAGAAGGCAUGGAUGUGACAUUCAGUGUCCGUGAUCAACUCUUCAAUGCACACAGAUGCGUGUUAGCUGCGCGAUCGUCUGUCUUCAAGGCCGAGCUCUUUGGUCAAAUGAAAGAAACCACCAUGAAACACGUCAAGAUUGAUGACAUGGAGCCUUCCAUCUUUGAGGCACUUCUUCACUUCAUAUACACUGAUACGCUGCCAAGCAACUGUGAUGUUGAUCAGAAUGUGGCAUUGCAGCACUUGUUGGUUGCUGCAGAUCGGUAUGGACUGGACAGGCUAAAGGCUAUUUGUGAAGGGAAACUAUGCCAGAGAAUCGAUGUGCAGACAGUUGCAACCACCCUUGCUUUAGCGGAGCAGCACGGCACGUUGCAACUCAAGAAUGCUUGUCUCAGAUACCUUUCUUCACAGGGCGUGCUUCAAGCUGUCAAGGAGACUGAUGGAUUCAAGCACCUCACAACAAGCUGUCCAUCAAUUAUGGUGGACAUUUUAGGCACAGUCGCCCCACCUUAAGGGCUUGUUCGGUUAGGCGGGGUUUGAAGAGGUUUCAAAGGGGAUUAAAUCUCUUGCAAGUCUAAAUCCCCCUCAAACCUCUCCAGUCCCCUUCAAUCCCUUUGGUGAGGGGAUUAAUCGAACAGGGCCUAAGUAAUGUGGGCACUCUGGCUGAGAAUUUGGUCCAAAAUGUGAAGAUCUAGUAGUACUAUAUCGGGUUUAAUUUUAUCAUGUGUCCAGUGUAUCCACUGUAAGACGGAACUUCUCUU